ACAUGUUGGGAUUCCUCUUUGGCUUCUGUUCUUAUAAACCUCACCACGUUGCUUUUACUUGUUUUAAAAACAGACAACGCUUCUCUUAUCAACCAACAGUUCAUAAGAUAAGGCGACUCCAAAUAUCCGCUGACAGUGCUUUACCUUUAACAAAGGAAAACGUAGAACAAGUACUGGAAGAACUGAGACCUUAUCUUAUUGCAGAUGGAGGUAACGUAUCACUCACAGGCAUAGAUGGAGCUACCGUACGGUUGACUUUGGAAGGAGCUUGUGGUUCUUGUCCCAGUUCAACGGUAACUUUGAGAAUGGGAAUUGAAACACGUUUAAAGGAGAAAAUACCCGAAAUUGAGGCAGUCGUUCAAGAGGAAACUAUGGGUCCAGAGCUUAACGAACAAAAUAUAGACAGUGUAUUGGAUGAAGUUCGUCCUUUUCUGAAGAUUGCAGGAGGUAAAAUAGACCUGGUGGGAAUCUACGGAACGGAUAGUCCUUCACCUAGUGUUUCACUCAAGAUGAGUGGAGGUGGAGCUGCAGUAGAUUCCGUUCGUUUGGAGAUUAUUCAUAGACUCAAGAGGAACUUUCCAAAGCUAGUGAAUGUUCACUAUGUCAAGGCAUAAUAUUUUGUCUUGUGCAUCAAGUGAAAUAGAGGUUGACGAAUAAAGAAGGAUGGGUUUUUUGACUCUUGAGUCGACUAGCGUUUUCUUUCUUUCUCUAUGCCUGUGUCUUUGGA